GGAGUUCUUUGGAACAGUCUCCGGUGAAUCUUCGUAGGUACCUGCUGUUGUGGCCUCGACAAAGGAAGUUAAUUUAUAUCAAGCCGAUAUCGUACGCUGCCGACGAACGUCACCCGUAAGAAAUUGCUCAUUUCACCAGAGUCCAGCCGCACUGCCCCACUUCUGUCUGGGAACGCGUAUGCUGGGAAUUCGUCCAGUAUGCUGUCCGGUUCUCCUGCACCACCAGCACCCACGCCGUCGACUGCACAGGAUCAUCCUUUGCCACCUGAGACCGAACCACAGACCGAACCAGGAACCGCACCGAGUCGUCCUUUGCCACCUGAGACCGAACCGGAGAGAGAACCCGAGACCGCACCGAGUGAUUUCACUACGACUGGAGGCGAGUCAACGACAGCAUUGAACUAUAUUCCUCCCCCGGACAUCCUUCGCCCGCCUCAGGAACAACGUAAAGAUCAAGGCUUGGGGUACGGCGUCGCUACCCGCUAUGCAGGGACCGAACAGACCCCAUCUACAGAAGUAAAGUUAAGAACCUCGUCUACAACAACGACGUCAACUUCAUCACCGAUCGGGUAUGGUGGAUGGGGAGUAUUGCGGAGCCAGCGGCUUGUUGGUGGUAUUCAUCUAUACGAGACCAUCCCUCAUCAAUUUAUCCCAGGGAACAAGUCAACCUGCUACACACGGAUUAUGCCCCUCGGAUUUGGAACAUCCGUAACGUUCAUCCACGUUGUUGAACUUACGAGUCCUUCUAAAACGGUGUUUGUCAUCCGUCAUCAUACAUCCACCCCGCUGGGACGCAUCGGCAGACCAUACGCAGAAUAUGUUAUUGAAAACCAAAGACUUACUUUCUCGGCCAUCCACCACGGACACUAUUCUAAGACAAUGCAACCGGAUUAUGACUUGAUGCCAGGCCUCCAUGUGCUACUCACGCAGCUUGCCGUCGACGGAAAACUGUGGGUUGGAUUUGACGACGAUAGUUUCUACAUAAUGGCCAAGGAUGAUUUCCCAGCAGCAGAGUUCGAACAUUGCAAAAUCCACAGGGUGGAUGACGAUUUUGGACCACUUACAAUCCACGAAAUCCAUAUCACGUACGCCGCUUCUGUUUCAACAGUUUUUGACGAGGGGGAUGAUUUCGUGGCUCCUGAAUCUGGACUUUUCCCAGGAGGAUACGUAAUAUGGGAAGGAGACGCCACGGGAGAGUAUGUCGUGCACUACCAUGGGUCCGCCAUCUAUUCCAAUAGAACGACCGGCACAAACCUUCGUCUCAUAAUGCUAGUUGCAACGGGCAGAGUCUCCAUAGGAAUAGAAGGCGAACAACCACGGCACCACAAUAUUGCAGCCAAUGGCGCUUAUACGCUGAAAAUUUCGCUGCAAUUCAAGAUGAAGAACUUCACCAUGGUAACCGGCCAGGGCAACACUGUCGGUGGGGGGUGCAACACUGACCCAUCAUAACUUUUUCGCAAACACCUAUGUUCAAUAAACUUGCAUUAUUCUUUA